AUGCUAACCUUGCGAUGUUGGCAAAAUGGUGGUGGAGAUUUAAAACAGAGAAAAAAAGGCUUGUGGCGGCGGGUUGUAUGGGCAAUUCAUCACAAUUCGAGGGCGUGGAACGACAUUCCAGUUAAGGUUUCAGUUGCGGGGCCAUGGAAGAACAUGUAUAGUAUUUGGCAGCCUUUCUUAGUUGCAAAUAUAGAUCUCAAAUCCGCUUUCUCAGUAGCUGUUGGUGACGGUAAGAACACUUGCUUUUGGUUGGAUAGUUGGGUCGAGUCGAUACCGUUGUAUUUAAAGUUUCCUGAGUUAUUCAAUGAAGAAGCCGUCAAAGAUUGUUUGGUUCAGGACCGAUGGUCCUCUAGUGAUCUGGGCCUGGGCUCGGCCGGAACUCGGUCGGAACUCGGUCCUACUGCUGCGAAUCAGCUGCAACAGUUGCAGCUUUCUUUAAGUAAUCGGGUUGGGUAUGUGGGAGCAGACUGUUGGAAAUGGAGGUACGAUGAUAGCGGGGUUUUUAACGUAGCCGAUAUUAAAUGUAUCCUCAGUUCUAUCAACCGCACCAGGCCUAUUAACGUCUUCGAAUGGAAUAACUGGGUCCCGAAAAAAGUUGGCAUUGUAGCUUGGCGGGCAGAGAUGGAGAAGUUGCCGACGAAAUGUGCGCUGGCUAGUCGGAAUGUUCCGGUUUUGAACCAAAUGUGUGUGUUAUGCGGCGACUAUGCAGAAACUUGUGACCACAUCUUUGUCUCGUGCUGUUUUGCGCAAUUGAUUUGGCAGAUUCUGGCGGGCUGGUGCAGGAUUCCACCUAUUUUUGCGUUUGGUAUAAAAGAUUUGCUUACUUUGCAUGCUUCAAGCUCGGGCUCGAGGAGUAAGCGGAAAGUUAUUCAUGCUGUCAUUCUUGUGGCUUUUUGGAGCAUAUGGAAGUCGAGGAACGAUGCCAUAUUCCGACAGGUGGUUCCAAAUGUUACGAGGUCUAUAGACGAGAUUAAAUCAUUGGCGUACUUAUGGGUAAAGAAUCGGUCAAAAGUGGUGGCUUUAACAUGGGAGGAUUGGAAUCGGUUCAAUUUGGAUUUAACAUGGGAGGAUUGGAAUCGGUUCAAUUUGGAUGCUAUGUUAUGA